GAAGGAGGAAGGGAACCUCAAAGGCCAAGGCCAGCCAGGACAUCCCCUGGAUUCACACUGAGCUCGCCACAUCCCCAAAGCAGCUGAACCCUCCGCACCAACCAACCCAGGUCAGUCUCAGCCCCUCCAAGAGUCUCCAGCAAGGCAAAACCCAGGUCAAACCCCAGAGGCCCCAUGGAGUUCCCUGGCCUGGGAGCCCUGGGGACCUCUGAGCCCCUGCCCCAGUUUGUGGACCCUGUCCUGGUGUCCUCGCCACCAGAAUCUGGGGUCUUCUUCCCCUCUGGGCCUGAUGGCUUGGAUGCAGCAGCCUCCUCCACAGCCCAGAGCACCGCCUCAGCUGCAGCUGCCGCACUGGCCUACUACAGGGAUGCUGAGGCCUACAGACACUCCCCAGUCUUUCAGGUAUACCCAUUGCUCAACUGUAUGGAAGGGAUCCCAGGGGGCUCACCAUAUGCCAGCUGGGCCUACAGCAAGACCGGGCUGUACCCUCCCUCAACUGUGUGCCCCACCCGUGAGGACUCACCUCCCCAGGCCCCAGAAAAUCCAGAUGGGAAAGGCAGCAGCAGCUUCCUGGAGACCUUAAAGACAGAGCGACUGAGUCCGGACCUCCUGACUCUGGGGCCUGCACUGCCUUCAUCACUCCCUGUCCCCGGCAGUGCCUAUGGGGGCCCUGACUUCCCCAGUAAUUUCUUUUCUCCCACCGGGAGCCCCCUCAAUCCAGCGACCUACUCCUCCCCCAAGCUUCGUGGAACCCUGCCCCUGGCCACAUGUGAGGCCAGGGAGUGUGUGAACUGUGGAGCAACAGCCACUCCACUGUGGCGACGGGACAGGACAGGCCACUACUUGUGCAAUGCCUGCGGCCUCUAUCACAAGAUGAAUGGGCAGAACAGGCCCCUCAUCCGACCCAAGAAGCGCCUGAUUGUUAGCAAACGGGCAGGUACCCAGUGCACCAACUGCCAGACAACCACCACAACGCUGUGGCGGAGAAAUGCCAGCGGGGACCCCGUAUGCAAUGCCUGUGGCCUCUACUACAAGCUACACCAGGUGAACCGACCACUGACCAUGCGGAAGGAUGGUAUUCAGACGCGAAACCGCAAGGCAUCUGGAAAAGGGAAAAAGAAACGGGGGUCGAGUCUGGGAGGUGCAGGAGCAGCUGAAGGACCAGCUGGCGGCUUCAUGGUGGUGGCUGGGGGCAGCGGUAGUGGGAAUUGUGGGGAGAUGGCCUCAGGUUUGACAUUGGGCCCACCUGGUACUGCCCAUCUCUACCAAGGCCUGGGCCCGAUGGUGCUGUCAGGGCCUGUUAGCCACCUCGUGCCUUUCCCGGGGCCCCUGUUGGGUUCGCCCACAGGCGCCUUCCCCACAGGCCCCAUGCCUCCGACUACCACCACCACUGUGGUGGCACCACUCAGCUCAUGAGGGCACAGAGCAUGGCCUCAGGGCAGGGGUGGGGUCCCUCUUGUAGCCAGCAGUCAGUACAACCCCACCCUCUGGGCCACAGACACCCCUUGGCCUGGACCUUCAAAGCUUUUGUAAAAUAAAACCAAGAAAGUCCUGAAAUUGGAGGUGUGAGUCUGUGUGGGACUGAAUAAAG